GUUCUGACGCGCUGCUACCGUAAUGCCUCGUGCACACGCGUACCGAAAAAACCACCGCGCGGGCUUGGCUGCAGUGAAGACCUCGUGUGUCGCAGAGGAGAAAAAACCGAACUGUUUUCUGGAGGUCUGAGCUGUUGCAGAGAUGAGCAGUAUUGAGUGUUACAGUUGUCACGGCAGUGGUCACUAUGCCAAGAACUGUCCAAAUGCAGGAGGACAAGUGAGAGAUCGCAAAGAUCCAUUCUGCUAUCGCUGCGGGGAGCUCGGACACAUGGCCAGAGACUGCGAAAUGCCCGAAGACGUCUGUUAUAACUGCCAAACAACAGGUCACAUCUCCAGAGACUGCAAGGAGCCCAAGAAGGAGCGAGAGCAGAAAUGCUACAACUGUGAGAAUACUGGACACCUGGCCCGAGACUGCAAGGAGCCCAAGAAGAACGACCGGGAGCAGCUGUGCUACACCUGUAACAACGCAGGUCACAUGGCCAGAGACUGCCCCUCCGCCAACAAGCAGAAGUGCUACUCCUGUGGAGGCUUCGGACACCUGCAGAAGUCCUGCGACAAGGUCAAAUGCAACAGGUGUGGGGAGACCGGCCAUAUUGCGGUUCACUGCAGUCAGACGUCGGAGGAGAACUGCUAUACCUGUGGGAAGCCGGGUCACCUGGCCAAGGAGUGCACCACGGAGGAUACCACCUAGCCACCUCAUCUCUUCCCUCCUUUAUUCGUUUCCUGUGAUCCUCCUCUUCUCAUUGGCCCAGAGGGCUGUCAGUCAGCAUCACAGCAGCCUGUCAGUCAGCCUCACAGCAGCCAAUCGGAGCAGGUGUAGGAAGGAGAAGGGACGAACGCUUCAAAAAAAUUAAUUAAAAACCUUUCCUCUGCAUUUUUAAAAGACAACACUGAAUUUGGGUUUUUGGUUUGGUAGCGGUGUCAUGAUGUGCAAAGCUUUGUUGAAGAAUCCUUUCUGCCUGGUUUAGGAGUAGAGUGUAACGUUUAGCUCCGCCCCUCUGUCAUAAGUGUGUGUGGGGGGGGGGGGUUAUGGAGGGAGAAGAAGUGUUUGAAGUUUCUUUCAUUGCAGGGAAUAACUUUAUUUUCUUGUUGUCAAAACCCAGUUUGUUGAAAGAAAUGUGAUUGGCCCCGCCUCCAGCAAGCAGCCAAUCACCUCGCAGGUCAGGACCCUUUAUCACCACACAGGGACACGAAUGAGCCAAUCAGAUCGGGUCACAGCAGACGACGAAAGGAGCGUUUUGUUGAACCAGACGGAUCGAUUCAUCGAUGAAGACAAAAAUUAAUAUAAAAAAAACUAACACAUUUUAAGGCUGGGUGGGAAUGUUUUCACAAGAAAAUCCAAAUGUUAUUUUUAUAUAUUACAGAGCUACUGUAAAAAUGUAAUUUGGUUGUUCUGCAGACUAAGUUUAACCUGACAAUAAAAACCAUGGAGGAGAAAGACAA